AUGCCUACCGGCCACACGGACCCACUAUCUGAGUCAUUGGCCCGGAAUAACCAGCCUAACGUCCUGGUCCACGGCCUAGAUAUUAAAGUCCACUUCCUGGUCCACGGCCUAGAAGGAAAGCCGUCGUCCUGGUCCACGGCCCAGACCCAUCCAGCGAAACGGCCGUCGGGACGCGCCCCACCACCUCCCCUAUACGGGAGGAUUUUUCGGACGCACGUCCUAGGGUGCCCCACAGUGGUGUGCAUGGACCCCGAGCUCAACCGCCGCAUGCUGCUCCAGGGCGAGUCCAGCGGCCUGGUUCCGGGCUAUCCGCAAUCCAUGCUCGACAUUCUCGGCCCCAACAACAUCGGUGCCUUGCAUGGCCCACUGCACCGGUUCAUCCGCGGUGCCAUGCUCGGCCUCGUGCACCCCACUGCGCUCCGCACCAGCCUCCUCCCCAGGAUGGAUGCCUUCAUGCGCUCCCACCUCAAUGGAUGGUCUGGCUCCGUCGUCGAUAUCCAGGCAAAGACUAAGGAGAUGACCUCGCUAUCUAUGCUCAGGCAAAUCGCCGGCAUCACCGCGGGCCCGCUCUCUGAUGCCCUCAAUACAGAGCUCUACACCCUUGCGCUCGGCACCAUCUCCUUGCCCAUCAACCUUCCAGGGACCAGGUAUUACCAGGGCUUGCAGGCGAGGAAGAAGUUCGUGUCCAUGCUAGAGAAGAUGAUCGCGGAGCGGAGGUCCUCUAUUCAAGCUCACGGUGACAUGUUGGAGGCUCUAUUGAGAAGUGGCGAUGAUGGGACCAGGGAAAAGCUCAGUGAUGAGCAGAUCAUUGACUUGAUCAUCACCAUUAUUUACGACGGGUAUGAGACCAUGUCGAUGACCUCAAUGAUGGCUGUCAAGUACUUGUCCGACCAUCCACAGGCUCUCCAAGAACUAAGGAGAGAGCAUCUUGAUAUUAGGAAGGGAAAAUCGCCGGAGGAGGCUAUCAACUACGAGGAUUUCAAGUCCAUGGUCUUCACUCGAGCUGUCAUAUUUGAGACGCUAAGAUUAGCCACAGUCGUGAAUGGGCUGCUGAGAAAAACUACUCAGAAUGUAGAAAUUAAUGGGUGUCAUUUACCCACGAUUCACCAAUUGUUUACAAAAGGCUGGAGAAUCUAUGUUUACACAAGGGAAAUAAACUACGAUUCGUUCAUGUACCCUGACCCGAUGUCCUUCAACCCAUGGACAUGGCUGGAGAAGAACAUGAAAUCACACCCACACUUCAUGUUGUUCGGGGGAGGCGGCCGGAUGUGCCCCGGGAAAGAGAUGGGCACGGCUGAGAUUGCAACUUUCCUAAACUAUUUUGUGACUCGAUACAGAUGGGAGGAGGAAGGCAAGAACACCAUAUUGAAAUUCCCCCGGGUGGAAGCUCCUAACGGGCUACAUAUCCGAUUUCAAGAUUACUGA